AUGCAUUUGAAUAUAACAAAUCUUUAUCCAGAGGAUUCUCACGUCAAUGGCUUUUGUUUUCUUAAAGAUGGGCUGAAAAAUCAGUCAUCUUUUGGUUUAAAUGGAUGUUCGCCCUCUGUAAAUGGACAAAAAAUAUUUGAAGUGCAUGAUAACAAAUUUAGUUAUGGUUGUGUUUACUGUUGUGUGCUUGUGGGACUCAAUGCAACCAGCGAGAAACGUGCUCCUAGUGUUAGUAUAUUUACGACACAAACAACAAUGACACACAAUCAAACGAUGUCGAAUGCAAACUAUACAUCACAGAGAUUUUUAACAUUGGAAGAAAUAGGAAUUGACAAAGUGCUCGUUAUCAACCGUGACAUUAGAAAAGACAGGCUUGCUCAUGUAUCGAAAUUGCUUGGUUAUCUCAAGCUUCCGUUUAAACGAUUUCCGGCUAUUGAUGCUGGAAAAUUUCUUCAACAAAUGGAUAGAUUCGAUCCAAGAACCAAAUUUGUUCAGAACAUAUCCAGUAUAACUAACACCAAUGGACAGACAGCUACAUGGCAGAGUCACUUGCAAGUUUAUUUUACAGUAAUCAACGCAGUCUCAGCAAAUGAUCGACCUGUUCUUAUAUUCGAAGAUGAUUUUGAUCUGGAAGUUAAUGCAUCGUAUCUCCUUAAAGAAGCCCUGAGUUCACUUCCAAAUGACUGGGAAAUGUUUUUUUUGGAUCACAGUGACAUGCAGUGUAAACGCGUUUAUCCAAAUAAUAUUUGCAGAGCACAUACAUUUUACUGCGCGGACGCCUAUAUUAUUCGUAAUUCGACGGUAGCUAGAAAAUUAAUUAACUGGUCUAACACAGAAACACCGCAAGUGUCUGAUAUGUUUUGGCAUCCAUAUAUAAGCAAUGAUGCACUUAUAGCAUAUGCUGCAUAUCCAAAUCAUAUUGCCAUGCAAGACAGAAACAAAUUCGGUAGUGAUGUUCUACAAUCAGGGCCUAUUAAGGUUGUAAACCUUCAAAAUCCAUUAUCGAAGAUAUUAUAA